AUGGCGAACCGACGGCUCGUCACCUACCUGACCGAAAACAAGAAGUUGGACUGCCGACAGUUUUCCUUUCGACCGGGGAUGGGCACAAACACGUAUUUCGCAUCCCUUGGAGAGGUGGUAGCUGAGGCCAGAAAAAAUCGACAGCAUCUGGAGAUGGUAGCCCUGGAUCUAGAGAAGGCGUACAACCGAACCUGGAUUCCAUUAGUUCUUAAAACACUGGCUGACAGGGGGGUAGACGGCAACCUGCUGCACUUUGUUCAAAACUUCGCGACAAACCGGACCUUUGAGGUAAAAGUCGGGAGCACCAGCUCCAGGCGCUUUCAUGAAGAAACUGGUGUACCUCAAGCUUCCGUCUUAGCCGUCACACUCUUCCUGUUAGCGAUGAACAGCCUGUUCCGGGUUAUACCGAAGGGAGUAUGCGUAUUCACGUAUGCGGACGACAUCCUUUUGGUAGUGGUGGGGAACACGCACAGGGCACCACGCAUCAAGAUCCAGGCAGCUACCAAUGCUAUCGGUAAAUGGGCUGUCGAACGAGGUUUUCGACUUUCGGCGCAAAAGAGUGGUCACAUGGUGGUAUGCAGUCACAAACACCAAGGUUGCAAUUCGGGAGUCAAAAUCUACAACGACCGCAUUCCCCGCCGUAGAACGUUGAGAAUCCUGGGAGUGGUGGUCGAUUGCAACCUGAACUUCCAGCACCAUUUCGACGAGGUGAAGAAAAGCUGUGCCACCCGGUUAAACCUCUUAAAAACCAUCUCCAAACCUCACCGGAGUAACAACCGAACGAUCCGUUUACGGGUGGCCAAAGCCAUCAUCAAUAGCCGCCUCACCUACGGUCUCGAAGUGACAUGCCUGGCCAGAGAUAAACUCCUAAAAACUCUAUCACCGAUUUACAACAAUGCACUACGGAUUAUCUCUGGUCUGCUACCAUCAACACCAGCAGCCUCGGUAUGCGCCGAAAUAGGAGAACCUCCGUUUGACAUUUUUGUGGACGCGGCGAUAGUUUCCAGAACUGCGAGCUUUCUUGCUAAAACCAGCGGAGCAGGUGACACACUCAAACGCCCCUCGAUAGCUAAACAGCUUUGGUUUGGGACUAACGACUGGAGGUUGCCGGUGGUCCAAGUGGAUGAUACAAUCAGGAACAACUUUCGAGCUGGGGCGAGCUCUGUGGGUCUGAAGCAAACCUUUGUCGAACUUGUCUCAAAAAAAUAUCACAAUUAUGAAAUUCGCUACACGGACGGUUCCAAAGGGAUGCAAGGAGUUGGUUUCGGGGUAAGCGGUCAUAAUAACUCUCUUAUUUCCAGCAAGAAGCUCGUCGACAUUUGCCAGGUUUUCUCGGCCGAAGCUGCCACUAUACCGUCAAGCAAAUCGAUCCUGAUAGUUACCGACUCGGCUAGCGUCAUCGAUGCCGUUGGCGCGGCUAUAACUAGGCACCCAUGGAUACAAGCUAUCAGGAGGUAUCUGCUGCCGGAUAUAGUCCUCAUGUGGGUCCCCGGACAUAGUGGCAUAGCCGGCAAUGAAGCGGCCGACCGUUUCGCUGGAAUCGGUCAGCUUGGACAACUUUUGACGCGCAAAGUACCGCUAGACGACAUCAGACUAUGGAUCGCCAACACAUUCAAAACUUUUUGGGCGGAAAAAUGGUCCGUUGAAGCGACGCUGUUCCUCCGGAGAAUCAAAGGAUCCAUCACCAGAUUCGAAGACGUCAAAACGAUGAGAGAGCAACGAAUCUUAUCCAGGUUAAGAACCGGCCACUGCAACAUGUCACACAACUUCAACAGAGGACCCUUUCAUCCCCUUUGUGACUUGUGCGAGAUUCGCAAUUCAGUCGAACACAUCCUCUGUAUUUGCCAAAAGUAUGAGAACCUCCGGAACUCACACGGGAUCAGCGGGAGCAUUCGAGAUGUGCUUGGCGACGACCCUUCACAAACUACUGCACUGCUCUGUUUUUUGAAAGAUGCCGAUCUGUACUUUAAAAUUUGA